AUGUUGGGAUGUGCAUGGGUGCCAGUUUUGAGGGAUCUUGGUAUUUGGAGUGUAGGUACCCGGAUAGUCAGGACACCGUUUGCCCUCCCGCUGUCUCACCGCUCACUUUGCCCCGCCUCCCCGCAGGUGGCCGAGGGAAGCCCGUGUCGGGAGCCGCUGCCCCUGGAGCUGUCCCCGCGGAAGAGGCUGCCGGCUGCGCCCCCAGACGAGGAUCGAUGUGGCAACCGCCCCCCUCCCGAGGGGGCCGGCGCUGGGGCUGGAGCCGGGUCGGAACCAAGCCAGUUUGAGCGAUCCGGGAGAGGGGGCUGGUGCCGCCAUUGUCAGACCAAACUCGCAGAACUCAAGAGACAGGCCUGGAAAUUGGUCGGUGGGCAGGGUACGCCCCUCGGGGAUCCAAGAAUUUCAGCUUUAAUUCUUGACAGACUCCAAGUGCCUGAGUAUCUCCAGAGGAACAGGUUGGAAGGAGAGAGUCGCUGUGACGUGUGUGCCACACACCUGAACCAGCUUAAGCAAGAAGCCAUCCAGAUGGUCCAAGUGUCUUCCUGUCAUGAGAGGCUUGACCACCCACAUGGUCCUGGGGCCCUAGCUCGCUUGGCAUCUCAGAACCUGGCCAACCAUUGCUCGUUGGGUGGAGACUUGCCUUUGGCCUCAGGGCAAGUGGGGAAGCAGCAGGCUUCUCUCUUCCCUGGGGCAGAGAGGAAAAAAGCUCUGGCAUGGCCCCCAGGCCCUGGUGGCUUUCCCAACUCCAGUGUCCAAGUCACUGUGGCUCCCACAGGCCUAGGUGGUGCCUUGAGUUCUGUCACCAUCCAGGCUCAGCAAUAUCUGGAAGGCAUGUGGAGUAUCUCCAGAGUGAACAGCUUCCUCCCACCAGCUUGCCUGGCAGAAGCAGCUAUGGAACAGGGGAAGGAUGGACCCCGUGGCCCAGGGGCCCCCGGGCAGCAUCGCUGUGACCAGCCCGGAUGUUGUCCCCCUGGUACUUCACAGAGUCUGGUGGCACCAGGGGGAGUCUCAACAGGUACUUCUGCUGCAGCUUCCUUCUUCAUAAGAGCAGCCCAGAAGCUCAACCUGGCCUCCAAGAAGAAGAAGCCCCACCCACCCUUAACCCCUGCACAUGACUUUUCCAUUUACGGGACAAACUUUAGUGGUGUGCUGCAGCUCAGCCCUCCACCCGCGCCCCCCUGCCUACUGAGAUCAGUGGCCAAAGCCAAGGAGAACCCGGGCGUUGGGAAGGUGAAGGUGAUGGUGCGGAUCUGUACAUCGCCAGGUGCCCCUCAUUCUUCUGAGCCCAUGUCCUUCCUGAAGGUAGAUUCCCGGAAGAAACAGGUGACGCUGUAUGACCCAGCUGCUAGUUCCCCCGCUAAUGGGGGCUCUCGAAGAACGGCGGGUGCAGUCCCGAAGAUGUUUGCUUUUGAUGCUGUCUUCCCACAGGAUGCUGCUCAGGCUGAGGUGUGCUCCGGGACGGUGGCAGACGUGAUCCAGUCAGUUGUGAACGGUGCUGAUGGCUGCAUAUUCUGCUUUGGCCAUGUCAGGCUCGGGAAGUCAUAUACCAUGAUUGGGAAGGAUCAUUCCACCCAGAGCUUGGGGAUUGUGCCCUGCGCCAUUUCUUGGUUAUUUAAGCUGAUCAAUGAGCGGAAAGAGAAGACGGGAACCCGGUUCUCUGUGCGUGUUUCUGCCGUAGAGAUUAGCGGCAAAGAUGAAAACCUCAAGGAUUUGUUAGGUGACGUCGCCAGUGGCAGCCUUCAGGACGGGCAGUCUCCUGGGGUAUACCUUCGAGAGGAUCCUAUUUGUGGAACACAGCUUCAGAACCAGAGUGAGCUCCGGGCCCCAACUGCAGAGAAAGCUGCCUUCUUCCUGGAUGCCGCUCUGGCUGCCCGGAGCACCAGCCGAGCUGACUGUGAUGAAGAGGACCGAAGGAAUUCACACAUGCUGUUCACCCUCCAUAUCUACCAGUACCGGAUGGAGAAGUGUGGCAAAGGAGGAAUGUCAGGUGGACGUAGCCGUUUGCACCUCAUCGACUUGGGGAGUUGUGAAAAAGUGCUGAGCAAGAACCGGGAAGCUGGUGGUUCCCUGUGCCUGUCUCUGUCCGCCUUGGGCAACGUGAUCUUGGCCUUAAUCAAUGGUGCAAAGCAUGUGCCGUACAAAGACAGCAAGCUGACGAUGCUCCUUAGAGAGUCGCUGGGCAACAUCAACUGCAGGACCACCAUGAUCGCCCACAUCUCUGACUCCCCAGCCAACUAUGCAGAGACCCUCACCACAGUGCAACUUGCCUCACGCAUCCACCGAAUGAGAAAGAAGAAGUCCAAGUAUGCAUCCAGCUCUUCAGGAGGAGAGAGUUCCUGUGAGGAGGGCCGAGUACGGAGGCCUCCGCACCUGAGGCCUUUUCACCCUCGCACGGUGGCUUUGGAUCCCGACCUUCCUGGCCUGGGUCUCUCCAGUGACCCUGAUUAUUCCUCCAGCAGUGAGCAGUCCUGUGACACUGUCAUCUACGUGGGGCCCAACGGGGCUGCCCUGUCUGACCGGGAGCUCACAGACAACGAGGGCCCACCUGAGUUUGUCCCUAUCAUCCCAUCGCUCAAUAGGAAACGGAGCAAAGAUGGGCUGGGUGGCCCGUGGAGCUCAGACAAGGACCACUUCAAGUGUAACACGUUUGCUGAGCUGCAGGAGAGACUGGAGUGCAUUGAUGGGAGCGAGGAGCCCACUCGUUUUGGUGGGGGCGACACCCCUGGUGUAGUGAAUGGCAAUGGUCCAGGCAGUGCGGAGGCUGGCCUGGCCAAGUCAGCCAAGGAGAAACCCCCCUCCCCAUUGAGGGUGUGCAAGAAGCCUGCAUUGCUGGAGGCGGCAUCCCCCAAAAAAGGGCCUGGCCUCCAUUUCUCAGCAGGAUCUCCCCGCAAUGGUGCCUGCCCAGGAAACAGCCCCUCCCAAGGCCAAGCGGAUAGCCCCAAUCCCGUGACCAGAGGUGAUGGGAAAAAAUCAGAUGUGGUCUCAGAUGGAGCAAAAGAUAUAGCUCUCCACGCAUCGAGAUCCUGUAAGCCAGAUGUGACUAGGAGCCCAGACUGUAGCACCGCCACAGAGCCAGUUGUCAAGGACAAGGCUGUGUACGGGAAGCGACCACUGCCCAGCCCGGCACCCCCACCCCCUCAGCAGAAGGACCUCACGCCACCGAACAACAUGUAUUCCAAGCUGGAUGACAGUGGGGUCCGGACUCCUCCACUGGGAAUGAGUAAGCAGAUCGUGAGCUCUGGGGAGAUGCAGCCUGCCCAGGGAGCAUCCCCACCACCAUCCACCAGCACCCUGGAGGUACACAGCUUCCAUUCGGCUUUCCGGGGUAAGUGCUUUGACCGGGACAUUCUGACGACCACAGUGACCCUACAGCAGCCGGUGGAGCUAAAUGGUGAGGACGAGCUGGUGUUCACAGUGGUUGAGGAGCUGUCGAUCAGUGGCAUGGUUGACUCAGGUCGGCCCACAAGCAUCAUCAGUUUCAACAGCGACUGCUCCCUCCAGGCUCUGGCCUCAGGCUCCCGCCCGGUCAGCAUUAUCAGCAGCAUCAAUGAUGAGUUUGAUGCCUACACAUCUCAGGCGUCCGGCGUGAACAUUGACAUCGUCCUGCCUUUCACCGAGGGAGCCUUUCCCUCUGACAGCCGCCGCUCUUCCAUCAGCUCCUGGCUAAGUGAGGUCAGCCUCUGCACCAUGGAUGGUGAUGUCAUGCCCCCCGGGGAAGUCCUCACUACAUCAUCUCCUUUUGCCUGUGAUACCCCUGGGGAGAACUUCACCUUGGGCUCUCCUGGUGUCACUGUCACUUUCACCCCAGGGAACCUCAAGAACUCCUUGAAUGACAGCGGGCUCUGCGUCUCAGAGCUGGACAGCUUGGAGAGUGCUAGCUCUAGGAAGAUGUCACCAGCCAUUGCCAAGAAUCCCCAGUCCUUGGGAUCCGCCAAAGCUGCCCCCACCCCAGGUGUCUCCAGGCUCCCCAGUCAGCCCAGGAGAGCAGGGAGGGGUGGGAAUCCUCAAGUGACACAUAAGAUGCAAACCAUCCAUUCUAGUCUUCCUCGGACUCUGAGAACUACUACCUCAACCCCCCAUUAUAUGGGUGCCAUGCACCAUAGCCAUGAAUUGCCCAGUCCAGGUGGGCUAUUUGAUGACCCUUGGCUAGUGCGAGUGGAUGUCCCACCGGGCAUCCACUCCACAGACCCACCAUCCUCUCCUAGCAACCCUCCAUUAGGUAUUGACCCCUUAAACGUGCCCUGCAGGGGGGCCGCAGGGUAUAGGCCCCUCAAGUCCCAGACAAUGUUGGCCUGUUCCCAGCGGGUGGUGGAUGGAUGUGAAAUGUCUUGCAAGUCAGCUGGGGACCAUGCUAGGAAACCAGAGGUCAUGACCCAAAUCCCACCCCUGAGGAGAGGGGCCACCACACUGGGUGUGAUGCCAGUGGCUCGAAGUGGAGAUAGCCCUGCCGAGGCCCUGGCGCGAGGCAAUCCCGAGUCUACCUUGACCACCAGCAGCCUGAAAACCUCCAUGGGGAAGAAGAAUGGCCCCCAGAAGUCUAGUCUCUUACCCAGGCCCAGUGGGGCAGGACCCCCUGCCCCCCCAGUCCGAAAAUCAAGCCUUGAGCAAAAAAAUGGCAUUUCUCCAUCUAGGGGAGGCACGGACCCUGCAAGAGCCCCUGCUUCCAAAGGGGAAGAAGAGGCAGAGCUGCGACCCAGGCCUGGUGCCGGCUCGGCACCAGACAGCCUGAAAGGCAAAGCCAGCAUCAAGGGUGAGCAUUCUCUGCCCAAGAGUACGUCCAGCCUAAAGGCGAGAGCCGCCAAGCCUGAGGUCGUCCAUCGCUACGGAAGUCACAUGUCUCUUGAGCGGUGUGAGGGCCUAGGCUUGGGGGCAGCCAAGGCCGAUGGCGGGGGCAGCAACAUUGGGAGGCAGGGGCGGUCUGUGCCACGGCUGGGUGUGCCCCCUGCGGCCCCUUCUCCUGGGUCUCCAACAUCCUACGUGACCCCCUGCAAGGGCGGCUCAGCCAAGGGUGUGGCAAACGCUAAGUCACCAGCUGGUGGAAGCAAGAGCCGUAACCUGUUGGCCGGUGGGUCCCGGUCCCUCAGCUCUUCCGUGAAGUCCCUGAGUCAGCAGCCAGCCGGGAAGAGCCCCGGCGGCCCCCCUAAUGGCAAGGUGGCCCCGCGUACCAUGCCGGGGGUCAACAGCAAGCCUAGCCGGGGAACCAUCAUGGGUACCAAACAGGCGAUGAGGGCGGCCAACAGUCGUGUGAACGAGCUGGCCUCUGGCAGCUCAGGCAAAGGGGGUCAUUCCCGUAGCUCGGCAGACUCGGACAGUGGAAAUGACAGUGGCGUGAAUCUAGGUGAUGAGAAGCUGCCAGUGCCCGCCCUGCCCUCCCCCUACAGCAAGAUCACAGCUCCCCGGCGGCCGCAGCGCUACAGCAGCGGGCACGGCAGUGACAACAGCAGCGUGCUGAGCGGGGAGCUGCCGCCGGCCAUGGGGCGGACGGCCUUGUUUUACCACAGCGGCGGCAGCAGUGGCUAUGAAAGCAUGAUCCGGGACAGCGAAGCCACGGGCAGUGCCUCGUCCACCCACGACUCCAUGAGUGAAAGUGGCCUGUCGUCCCCUGGGGGCCGAAUGAGGAGCCUGAAAUCGCCCAAGAAAAGAUCAACAGGUCUGCAGCGGCGGCGCCUGGUUCCGACUCCACUGCCUGAAGCUGCGGCCCUGGGCAGGAAGCCCAACGCUGCCGGUCAGUGGGUGGACCUGCCCCCUCUGCCUGGCACUUUGAAGGAGCCUUUUGAGAUCAAAGUGUAUGAGAUUGACGACGUCGAGCGCCUGCAGAGGCACCGGCGGGAGGAGCCCGAGCCUUUCCAAGAUGUGGAAAAGGGCCUGAUGUAUUUUAAUGCCAAGCUGAAGGUCCUGGAAAGGAGACAUCAACGAAUCAAGGAGAUGGAGGCCAAGCAUGAACUCCUGAAGGAGGAGCUGGAGGAGACCAAGAGCCGGCUGAUGAUGGAUCCAAACAAGUGGAGAGAAGAGUUUGAGGUGGACUCAGAGCUGGACAAAGAGUCCGAGGAAUACCUGGAGGCUCUUGAACAAGCUACGGAGGACCUGGAGCACUGUGUGAACGUGUGCAAAGCUCACGUCAUGAUCGUCACCUGCUUUGACAUUGGCGUAUCAGACGUACAGGAAGUAGAAGUUUGAGAGCAGACCAGAAUGGAGAGGAUGGGACAGGAAUGGGAUAGGAAAGGGAUGAGGCAAGGGAAGGGACAGAAAACAGAAUCCAGGGCGAUGCCUGGUUGUACCAAGGUUGCAACGCCACAAGGAAGUGACAAGGGGAACAGGAAUGUAGAAGUGAAAGGAACAGUGGGGCGGGAAAGUGGGAGGGAGAGAGGGGAUGGAUGUGGACAAGGAACUGGAAUGUUUCACAAUCAACAUGGUGCCUCAUUCAAGACCAAACUGUACAGAGAGUGAGAACGAACCAUGCCUGACUGACGGACGGACGGACAGACGGACAGACAGACAGACAGGAACUGAGGAUUGAGAACACCAACAGACAUUCCCCUAGCAAUGCCAAGUGCCUUUCAUGUUAAUUGGAUUUUUUUUUUUUCUCUCCCUUUGGUGCUAGAAAUUUGGAAGCCAGCAGCCCAGGCAUCAGAUGUUUUCCUAUAGAACCUUGAUAUUGUAUCAUGUAUUUCUGACCCCGUAUGAAAACGUAGUAAUGAGAGCAAUAAGCACAUGACUAUUUCCUCCAGGCUUUGCCUUCUGGUUUCCUAGAAAAGUGGUUUGAUGUAGCAAAACUUCAAUGGCCAGAAGACUGAUUCGGGGUUUGGAUCCAAGAUAUUUUUAUGGGUGUUUUUAUCUUUCCAAAGGGCAUGGAAUGAGCUCUGACAAGGACUAGUUUUCAUUCCCUCCUUGGAGCAGAACUAAGAUUGGCUUUUACUUCGGUUGAUUUUUUUUUUUAAACUGGACGUUUCCUGCCAUCCUUGUGUGAUGCCUCAUUGUGGUGUGGAGGUGAUCCCUAGACUUUUGAAGCCUGUGUGUGUAGAGCUAGCCAAGCUAGAAAAGCUUUGAGUACCAGCCUCCAUGGUAGUUUGGGGGCUGAGGGCCAGGGCUCAUCACCAGAGGAUCAGCCAUCAGGGGAUGGAAUUUUCUUUUGGGGGUUGGGAUGCACAGCAACUCAUAAAGACUGUCUACUAAAAUUCUAAGAGGGGUUGGGAACUAUGUUGUUGGAGGACCCACAUGGAUGAAAAUAAACAUGUGAUUGAAGUAUGUUUGGGGCCAAGGGGGACUGUUAACUAUGGAAUGAGCUCAUCCGUGGUUGAAUUAACCUCAUUUUCUAUAAACCUGUUCUUCCCCUUUGGGGAAAGCAGUGGCCAAGGGCUUAGCAAAAAGCACCGAGAGCCUUCUUCAGUGGCAGGAAUAGAGCCUCCAAUUUCUUACCAAAAUAAACCAGCAAAAAAAAAAAGUUGGGGGGAAGAGUUUUGUAAAUGUUUCAUUAGGUUCAUAUUUUUCUAUCGUUUUGACCAUAAAGCCAAUAUUUGCAUCAAAAAUUUUGGAUUCAAAAAAAUCAACCUUUUCCCAGUUUUUGUAAUGAUGAAUGAAUGCUCAGGACAUGAGUGGGAUGGAUGGCUGCAUGAGUUUGUGCUGAGGAUGGAGGGGGGUAUGGGGGGAAGUGGGAGGGAAAGAGGCUGGCCCAGAAGUCCCCUGGUGGGGGACCCCUGGGUCAAUCAUUUGUUGCCAAAUGAGGAAAAAAGGAAAAAGAAAACAAACUUUUCCCAGGGUUGAAUACUGUAUGUAAGGUCCCAUUUCAUAUGAAUCAUAUUUUCUGACCAUUUUGAUUUAUAGGGGUUUUAUGAGCCUUUGUAUAAAUGUGUAUGAUAACAUGGCAUCCCCACUUUUACUUGUGAA